AUGAAACAACAUAUAUAUACAGCUUACUAUUGUGAAGAAAAUAUCUAUAAUCUUAUCAAGGACAUGAUGGAAGAAAAAUAAGAUCAUCUUACAUAAUAUUAUGCUGUUUUAAUUACAAAUCCAUUUUAAUAAACUUACAUUAAAUGUUAAAAAAGCUAACCUUUAGUUAUUUGGGAUUAUCAUGUCAUUAUGGUUGUUAAACACACUUUAUAAAAAGAAGGAAAAAUUACUUAAAAUUCAUUUGUUUAUGAUUUUGAUAGUACAUUACCUAUGAACUGUGAUUUCAAUACAUACUUUAAAUAAGCUUUGGGAUUUUAAAAACCUUAAGCUACUUUGAAAAGUUGGUUCAGAGUGGUGGAUGGAUAAAAGUACAUAGAUUAUUUUGCAAGUGAUCGUCAUCAUAUGAUAAAAAAUGGUAAGUAUUUAUAAACCCCACCAUAAUACCCAUGUAUAAAAGGAAGUAAAUAAGUAAAGAAUAACAAUCUUUAGGAAUACUUAGACACUACAAAUAAUGAUGCCUAAUUAGGAAAAUGGAUGACAGAGGAAUAAUUUUAACAAUUUUUUGCAGAUAAAAAAGCUUGA